AUGUCAACGUCAGUCAAUCCACGCCGUGAUAGAUCAGAUGCUCCAACUCCAAGUGAGCCCGUGGGGGAACCUGAACCGCUUCUUAGAGAGAUGAGGAUGAGAACCAACCCUAUGGCUCUAGGAAGCCCCACGGUCGUUGGCGAGAGCUCCAACUUCCACACGUCCUUUCAGGACAUUGGCAAGAGCCUCAAGGCCUGCAACGAUACUCUAGGAGAGCUUCAAGGCCUAGGCGUCUCUCACGAUGUGCCACUCCCGGAGCUUGUUCUUGUUGGAGACCAAUCAGCUGGAAAGUCUAGCGUCAUGUCCGGUCUAGCCAACCUGGACCUCCCUCGGAGCGACGGCACAUGUACUCGUUGUCCUUUGCACAUCCGCGUGUCUCGCAAUAGCGACUGGUCGUGCCGCGUUUCAUUGUCCAAAGAAUACAGCUACCAACCUCCGCAAGGCCGUGAUAUCAGCGAGCGAGACGUGACAGACCAGGACCCCUUCUUCCCCUGGCGGCGGAGGCACUCAGCCGAAGUCUUCGAGUUCAAGACGGUCCAUGACAAGUCUGAAAUUGAAGAUGUCCUUAGAUGGGCCCAAGUCGCCAUACUGAAUGACGAGCACCAACACGAACUUUACGUCCCCGGAUCAGGUGCUAUUGCCAUGCAGACGCACAUCGACGCCGCCGCUGAGCAAACCUCGGCCAAAUUUUCUCCCAAUGUCGUCUUCCUAGAAAUCAAGGGUCCCGAGUUGCCCAACUUGUCCUUUUACGACAUGCCCGGCAUUUUCCUAAACCCGGCAGAUGCUAGAGAUGACUACUUGGUUAGUGUUGUACGGAACCUGUCCAUGUCGUACAUUCGUCGCGAGUCUGCCAUCAUCAUGUGCUCCAUGCCCAUGAACAGCGAUGCUGAGAACUCAAACACAUUUGGCCUGGUUCGCAGGCUGCACGCCACUGAGCGUACUAUUGGCGUCCUCACCAAGGCCGACCUUCUCCCCGAGGCAGGCAACCACAACCAAUGGCUUGACAUCAUGAAAGGUAACGCACACCAGACUGGGCUCGGAUACUUCAUCACAUCUCGUCCUCAAGGCAAGGACCUCGACCAGCUUAGGCAGUGGGAGGAAGCCAUGUUUGGUGGAUUCACCAUUGACCAGUGGCCCGAAACUAUGCAUCAGUUUGCGGAUCGGUGUGGCGUCGAGAAGCUAAAGGACUUUUUGUCCCACAGGCUCGGUGAACAGUUCGCCAAGAGCCUCCCGCACAUUGAGCGUAAAGUUAGGAGUCACCUCGACAAGAUUCUUCGACAUCUUGGAACACUCCCUGAGCUCCCCGACAAUGUGGAACUGGAGAUAAAGACCAGUCUCCUCAAGUUCACAGACCUUGCUCGGGCCAACCUCGAAAGUCUAGGCAAGCACUUCAACCCACUGCCUGACCACUUUCGCGAAUGCAUCAUCGAGAUCAAGCCCAAGUUUGUUCUACGAGAUAAGAGUGACAUCCCCGUCCUUGAAAUCUCCGACAACGAUUCUGAUGCAGAAUCUACUGCAACUACGAACACCCCUACCAAGCGUCGCCCAACAGCACCUCCAGUAACCCCAGCAGCCAAACGCCAUCGGAGUAACACCCCGAUGACGAACGGGGCUGCGGUGAAGCCCGAACCGUCUGAUAGGCCCCAGAUACCUCCUGGUGGGCCACGACGCCCUGUGCAAAAGCUUAAGCCGCCCUUUCUAGAGUUUGAGAGGAUUGGUCGCGGCUUCAGAACUCUACGCCAGGUUCGCGAAGAGAUUAGGCAGAAGACGAGAGCUGGCAUGCCUGACCAUAUACCUGCCGAGGUGUACGAGUCGCUAGUACUAGAGUCGAUGCAACCAUGGGAAAGACCGAUGCUUGUAUUCCUGGGCGAGACAAUGCGUCUUAUUCAGAACGAACUCACAAACUCGCUUAACAGCGCCUUUAGUGGGCUAAAAAAGCGUAUCGUCUUUACAGAGGUGAAGAAGCAUCUUCAUACGCUACUCGAUGCUCACCGUGCUAAGGCUAAAGAGGCCAUGAAGCAAAUUUAUGACGAUGAGAUGCACCAACUUCUCACUUUCAACUAUUCAGCUUUCGCUAAGUAUACAGAGGAGGAGCACUGCCUUCUGACUCGCUUCCGGCACAAACUACGCAUGGAGGCCAUGGGCCUCCAAGCUCCCGGGCAGCUAGAGGACUGGGACUCGAUGAACGAGUCGAAGCGGGCAGAUGACAGGAAGCGUCGCGAAGCUGACCUGCAAAAGAUUGGAAGAGAUCAGUUCGAACCCGAAGUGAAAGUCGUGGCGUAUGUAAGGGGCUACUACCGACUUGCGGCUCUCCGGUUCGUUGACUCGGUCGCCCAGUGUGUCAUGUGCCGCAUGAUCCCGAAGAUCAAGGCUGGUCUUUCAGAGCACCUCUACAAGGAGCUGGGACUGCUUGUUGGCCCCACACAGGAGGUAUAUGAGCGCCUCAUAGAGGAGGAUCCUGCCGUGGCAUCGCGUCGCGAGACACUCAAGAAGGAAAAGGCCAAGUUCGAAAAGGCCCUUGCCAGCAUCGACGCUCUCAAUUCAGGCGUCAUGGAGAAUGGAAACAGUAUCGGCUCUGGGACUCUUGGCGUUGAAGAACACGAUGCCGACGAUGCCAUGAUUGUCGAUGAUGCCACUGUUGCUGAAGAUGGCAUUUAG